AUGGAAGAUUGUGAGAAUGAUGACUUUAAACUAACAAAUGUAAAAUCUCCAAAUGACUGGGAACACGCUGACUUGGGUUCUGAAGACCGAAACAAGAAGUUCUUAAAAUUAAUGGGUGGAAAUCCUGUACGUGAUCAUAAAGGAAAACUUGUAAUCGGAGAAAACAUCGAUAGCGUGCACGGUCAAAAUAAAGAUACAUCCAUAAUCAAUAAGGAGCUAGAAAAUCAGUAUCUUCAGGGUUUGGAAAAGAGUAUGCAACCAAAUCGUCACCAUGGUUUUGGAUGUCAUGCAAAUUCCUCGUCCAACCCUGUAAACAGAUUGGAUUAUGCCAACACAGAAAAACUUAAGCAACAAUAUAAAUCAUCAUUUAUCCCGGAAAAGGAUUCCUAA